AUGCCGAAGCCGACGCUGCUGCUGCGCGGGGGCUGGGAGCGCGAGCGCAGCCCCGGGGACUCGGAGCUGGGCCGCCAGUUCCGGGACUGGUGCCUGCGCACCUACGGCGACUCGGCCAAAACCAAGACAGUGACACGCAGCAAAUACCAGCGGAUCGCCGAGGUCCUGCAGGGCGGCGGCGGGACCGGCGCGGGCAGCGGCCCCGCAGCCGGCGAGAAAGGCAAGUUCCAGUUCUGGGUGCGCUCCAAGGGCUUCCGCCUGGGCAGCGGCCGGGAACCCAAGAUGGGCCAAGUGGUGUAUGUGCCGGUCAAGACGGGCUCGGGGGCAGAUGGCCUGUCGGAGCCGGAGGGCAUCUCUCUGAAGCGGGUCGCUGUGGUGGAAGAUUUCUUUGACAUCAUCUACUCGAUGCAUGUGGAGAGCUCAGCGGAGCCAGGCAAAGCCCCCAAGCACGCUGGGCAGAAGAAAACCUACCGAGCGAUCGCAGAGACCUAUGCCUUCCUCCCGAGAGAGGCCGUGACCCGGUUCCUGAUGAGCUGCACGGAGUGUCAGAAGAGGAUGCACUUUAACUCCAACGGCCUGGAACCCAAAGAAAAUGAGCCUCCAUCUCCGCUGGUGUCCGGGAUUAUUGAUUACAACAUGCCCCUCACCUCCACCUACCUGAAGCAGAUGAAGCUUCGAGUGAUGAAUUCCCAGGAGCAGGAUGAGACUUCUGUGAGCAGCGAGGAUUUUGAUAUGAGCGAGUCCACAUGGAUGUCAGCUGACCCGCACCUGGCCUCCAGCCUGAGCCCCAGCCAGGACGAGAGGAUGCGGAGCCCGCAGAACCUCCACAGUCAAGAGGACGAUGACUCCUCCUCCGAGAGUGGCAGCGGCAAUGGCUCCUCCACCCUGAACCCAUCCACGUCGAGCAGCACGCAGGGUGACCCUGCCUUCCCCGAGAUGAAUGGCAACGGUGCUGUGGCCCCCAUGGACUUCACCACGGCAGCUGAGGACCAGCCCAUCAACCUGUGCGACAAGCUCCCACCAGCCACGGCGCUCGGCACACCCUCCUACCCCUCUGACGGCUGCGGCGCCGACGGGCUGCGGAGCCGCGUCAAAUACGGGGUGAAGACCACCCCUGAGUCCCCCCCUUACAGCUCUGGGAGCUACGAUUCCAUCAAGACCGAGGUCAGCGGCUGCCCCGAGGACCUGACAGUGGGCCGGGCUCCCACAGCAGAUGACGACGAUGAUGACCAUGAUGACCAUGAGGACAAUGACAAGAUGAACGACUCCGAAGGCAUGGACCCUGAGCGCCUUAAGGCCUUCAACAUGUUUGUGCGUCUCUUUGUGGACGAAAACCUGGACCGCAUGGUGCCCAUCUCCAAGCAGCCCAAGGAGAAGAUCCAGGCCAUCAUUGAGUCGUGCAGCCGGCAGUUCCCCGAGUUCCAGGAGCGAGCCCGCAAGCGCAUCCGCACGUACCUCAAGUCCUGCCGCCGCAUGAAGAAGAACGGCAUGGAGAUGACCAGACCCACGCCACCCCACCUGACCUCGGCCAUGGCAGAAAACAUCCUGGCAGCUGCCUGUGAGAGCGAGACGAGAAAGGCAGCCAAGCGGAUGCGCCUGGAGAUCUACCAGUCCUCACAGGAUGAGCCCAUAGCCCUGGAUAAGCAGCACUCGCGGGACUCCGCAGCCAUCACCCACUCCACCUACUCACUGCCAGCCUCCUCCUACUCCCAGGACCCUGUGUACGCCAACGGCGGCCUCAACUACAGUUACCGUGGGUAUGGGGCCUUGAGCAGCAACCUGCAGCCCCCUGCGUCCCUCCAAACAGGAAACCACAGUAAUGGGCCCACAGACCUCAGCAUGAAAGGCGGGGCCUCGACCACUUCCACCACCCCCACGCCCACCCCCUCCAGCACCAGCACCAGCAGGCCCGUGCCCACCGCUCAGCUCAGCCCCACAGAGAUCAGCGCCGUGCGGCAGCUCAUCGCGGGCUACCGGGAGUCUGCUGCCUUCCUGCUGCGCUCUGCAGACGAACUGGAAAACCUCAUCCUACAGCAGAACUGACCCCACCGGACCUGGAGUGCACUGCCCUAGGGAAGGAGGCUGUCCCAGCCUGGACCCGGCUUCCUGCCUCGCCAGUUGGUACAUUUUGUUUUUUGAAAGAGGUGGGAUCCAAAAGAGCUGUUUCUAGCCACACUCCAAGCACCUGAGACUUUGGGCACAAGGACACUUUUUUUUUUUUUUUUUUUUGGAAUCUCACCACACGGGUGCUCUGACCUGCUUGGAAGAGGCCAACGGGGCAGCUCUGGAAUGGUUGGGGUCUCCCAUGACAAGGCGCUGGGGCUACAGCUCUAUUUAGAAUCACCUUCGUGGACCCCGAUGUUAGAAUCCCACCCCCGGAUAAUUACCUUUCAAGUCUUAGGUGAGCAGAAUUGCAUAUUUAUUGAGAAAAACAAAGUGGACCCUUUCUUCCUCUCCCCUUAGUAAUUUAUUUUUCUGAAAAUGGAUUCUUUUGUGUUUGUACAGAUUGCUAGUCUGUGUCUGUCUGAUCAGAAGGAUGUAUCCCCAUACCUGACAUUCCAUAUCACUACACUGAUGUGGGCUGGGGCCAAUAGGGGCAGGGCGGGUGCCAGGCUGGCUGUUCCUCUGCGUGCCUGGCGCACCCUGGGGCCGCCACCCCUUGGCCAGGCCAUCCUGUUGCAGAUCCCAGUGCUGCCACAAGGAUACUGCCAGGCACCUCCCUAGGCACCGCCAAGCAGGAAGACCUUACCCACACCCAAACCCAUGGCAAAGCAAAACAAAAGAGGCACCCCCACCCCCUUCUACAGAAGCCCCAGUCCCAUGGUCACCUGUAUUCUACCUCACACUCCAGCGUGGGCUUUUUCCAGGAUGUGCCCUGAGCCUGUUCUGAACAGCUGUCACCCCAGCUCCCCCACACAAUAUGUCUGCCUGGGAGGUAAGUCCAGACUGGGUGUCCAGGAGCUGGAACCUAGAGAGCGUCCUGUCCCUAACGAGCCACUGCAGUCCUCCCACCCUGGCCCCAGCUGCUUGGCAGGACGGAGUGCUGGGAGGUGGCAGCUGGGUGGCAGGGCCCUUCCCCUUAACACCCUGCUGCGCAGGAGCCAGGUCUGAACUUGUGUCCACAGGCCUGGGCCCCAGAACUCCUGCCAAGAGGGGCUGCUGCUUCAGGGCAGGCCCCAGCUGCCAGGCAGCUGUGAGCUCCAGGCCGGACUGCAGCUCCCAUCCCCUUGCCCCGUGUUUGGAGUAAAGGGACCAAUGGAAGUGGAGGAGCCACUUGGGUUCUCCUAAGACCAGCCCUUCUGGAGGGGCCAGUCCUGGAAGAAACCCAUAAUCCCUGGAGUGUGAAAAAGGGCAAAAAGAAAAAGCUGGCCUGGUUUCCUUCCUCCCUGAUAGGCACUUCCUCUUGCUCAGUGCAAUACCUACCAGUGCUGCUAAACCAGGGAUUCACCCAGACCUCAGCAGGCCCCCAGGGCCCCUCCAUGCAACACUCCGUAGCCAUGACAGCAGCUCUCUGCUGCCCAGCCCCUGCCCAGAGCUGGCAGAAGCCCUCUGUUGCCUUUCCUCCCUCAGAGCAGAGAGGCCCCAGGGGAGCCAGGGCCGAGUGGAUCCUAGGAUGGCCACAGAGAGCCACUCGCUCCCAGAACAGGCACCCCUUCCCAAACCAGCUUUUCUGCAGCCAAUUGCCUGUUGCAGCUGUGGCCACUGCCUCCCGGCACAGUGGCAGACUCCUCCCAAGGAGGGACGGGGAGGGGGCACCACUAAGGAUGCCCCAUCCUGCCUCAGGUCCAGACUCUGGAAGGUAGGGUGCCCACACCGUGCUUACUUCCAGCCCCUAGAGGUUGGGAGUGGUCCUAUCUCUCAAGUGGCCUCCAACACCCCACCCAGCCACACCACCUCUGCCUUCCAUCUGACCAAUCCCAAGGCCUCUGGUCAGGGCCAGGACACCUGAGACUCACCCUUAGCACAGCACAAACUCCAGUGCCCAAGGCCUCUCCCACACUCCAGCCAGCCACACAUCCAGUCCCACCUGUUCAGUACUGCUCCCCUCAACAUUUGAAUUUGUGUAAAUAUUUAUUUUUGUGUGUGAACAAUACUACAAAGUAAUCAGUAGAUCUUUUACAAAAUGUUACCCCAGGCAAUUUGUGAAAAUCUUAAUGUUAAAACCUGGCAGAGACAAUCGCCACCCUAGAAUUCCUGGUAUCAGUUACUUAACAUGCCACUUCUCCUCCCAGAGGCAGUACCCAAGCUAGACAUGAACCGUUUGCAUUUCUUGGCGGACAGGAGUGAGAAAAACUGGGGAAGGGGCUCCCUCCCACUUCCCACACAAGGAUGAGAUCUAAACAUCAGCAUAAGCUACAGUUUGAAGUCAUGUUUUUCUGAGUUCAAGCUGUUGGAACUGACCACCCUCCAGCCUGCCUUAGUACUGCGGCAAGCGUGUAGGUUUCAAUGUGUUUUCAAGAAAAAGGAAAGAAUAUUUCCAUGGUAAAAGUCCACUGGGUCUCCCAGGGCCUCACCAGGACAAAUGGAAACUACACCUAAAGCCCUGGAGAUGGCAAGAUCUGGAGGAAGUUUCUGCAUGGAAACAGGAUUCCAUUUAGCUGGUUCAGUCAGGGGACUUGUUCUGUUUUGCUUUUGUUUUAAAAGAUGCAGCUUCAACCCCUCCUCCCUACUCCUGACUUCAAGGGCACCAAAGAGCUGGUUCUGAUGAACCAGGCUCGCUGCUGUGUCAACCCUCCCCGGAGGGACUGCCUUCUCCCAAAAGGAGCUCCCAAAGCCCUGUCCCACAGCCAUUUAAAAAAUCUUCUGAAGGGCCUCAGGACACAAAGUAAUCAUUUGGGAUCGUAAGUUAAAAAGGAAGCGCAAAAGUAGGAUAUUCCGGUUCCAGAGUCUUUGCAGGGGGCUAAGCCCACGAGAAGGGUGGCAUCAGAGAAGUGGGCAUUGGUCUUAGUGGUGGAUCAUCAGGUAGACAAGUGACAGUGUGUGUAACCCAUCUGAAAUUCAUUUUACCGUCACCACUCUUACAAAGGACAGUUUAUUCCCAAGGACAGUGUUGACGGGGAGGGGGACAGGUAGGGAGUUAGGAGGGUUUUAGAGGAUUUCAAACAGGUGGAACCCAUCCAUCCCUAUUCCCAAGGGCCACUUACAACUCCAAGGGUGGUUACAGGAUUAACUACCAGUUCAUUUUCAAAAUGCUGCUUUGAACUCAGAGGGUUGAUACUUUUAAUUUGUAAUUUUUUGUAAAACUUUUUACAAAAUAGUAAAGUAUUUCACCAGAAUACCAGUUUCAAUCCGUCCAUGGUCUGAUUUUUAUAUAAUUUAGUGGUGCUUUAGAAACUUUGUUUUUGUUGUUUCUGAGCUAAACAGCUCAAUCCUUUUUCGCCUGUAUCUACCUAAGACCAAUGUGAACCUUUGUAUUUUUGCUCCUAAUUUUGGACUCAGUGAAAGUGUACUGUUUACAUGUACAGAUGCCCCCAGUCCCUGUGUGUUCUGCAAGACUCGCUCUUGAGGAGGAAGACGCACCUCACUAAGCUCAUCUGCUUAGCAAAGCCACAAACAAAAACCUCUCACUUUUUACCUACGUUUCCACCUAAAAAUACAACAAAAAACCUAUACAACAAAAAACCACAUAGAACUCAGAUUGGCUGAAAAACACUUUCCACCUGGUAGAUGGCCCAUAUGCCUCUAUUAUGUGGUCCAUUUAGGAGCAGGAGUCAGAAGAGACCUCCUGUGGGCUGCUGGUGGGCAACUGCAUGGACAGAGGAAAAGGGAAGGCAGGACUUUGCAGCAGAGCUGUGGGAUGAGUGGAGUUCUUCCCUGGGCAGCCUGGGAGCGGGAAGGUCAGAAUGACUUAUGUGGCCUUCAGGAUCAAGCCAACCAGGAUUUAGGGACAACCCAAGAGUUCUUUAGUCCUCGGGCGUAAUUGAGACAUGUUUUGGAAGAGCAUGAGUUCAAAAUCUGAGAUGAGAUGUUAAGAUUUUCAGUGCAGAUAGUACAAGCCGUUUCUUCAGGGUUCCUCUGGGGGCAGCUCCUUCAUGAGGUCCCACCUCCAGGGAGGGGCACAGGGCUCCAGAUAGUAAGCACUUAAGGCAAACAGUGGAUGGCACCAAGUUUGAAAGGUGACUCUUUAUGAAUCAAUGGCUUCACCUCUAAAUUAUACUUUUACAGAUAUGCACCUAUGCAACUUAACGUGGCUCUUCUAAGCAGGUGAGGACUUCCUCCUCAAUGCUCUCUAUAAAAAUUAUUUGUGUUCUAUAUAGUGAGUUUUACCAGUAAAUGUGGCUUAAUAUUUUAAUUCUUAGAAUGUGUCUUCUCUACGUGAUGCGACUAAAUUCUGUUUUGUUUGUGGAAUGACUAGCACAGGCCGUCUCCCUCUCCCCCUCACUUAACAAAAGACCAAUGAGCUGUUAAUCGAGCUGUUAUCUCCAUGGUAUUACUUGCUAAAUGCACUGAUUUCAUAAGUAUGUGGAAUCCUUUUCCUUUUGAAUCUGUAUAUCAUAUAUAAGACUGAAUCUACUUAAUAAAUACUGAACAGCAAACCGAA